GUGUCAGCUGUUGUGAAUUCUAAACAGGUUUCCAACCAGACAUCUUUAGGGGAACCUUCUAUUCCAGAAUGGAAGAAACCUGAAAAUGAAGAUGAGAACUUAACCAGAGCAAGAUUGUUAUAUCAAAGCCGGAAGAGAGGAAUGUUGGAAAAUGGUCUUCUUCUAAGCUCAUUUGCAGACCAGUACUUAGCUACCAUGACAAGCAAACAGCUUCAUCAGUAUGACGUACUAAUAAAUAAGCCAUCUAAUGACUGGGAUAUCUAUUAUUGGGUAACAGGUAAUUUAGAGACACCAGCUGACUAUGAUUGUGAAGUAAUGGAUCUCCUUAAAGAACAUGCUAAGAAUGCCAACAAGGAAUCAAGAAUUACACAACCAAAGCUAAAAGCUAAAUGAAUAUCCUAACUAUUAUUAGAAGAAAAAAAAAACAAUUACAGGGCAGUAUGGGUUAGUUAGCUAAGCUGGUGUGUGCGCGCAGAACCAUGCAGGUCCAUAUGAGUGGACUUACUCAGUGUGACCAUGAUAAUACUUGUUGGUCCUGAUGGUGAGGACAGUGUGUUACUUCUUCCUGAAGAAUUUAGUGUAUUCUUUAAUGUGGACAUGAGCUAUGUUGCUCACAGGACCAACAGUGACUCUUCGGAAAGAGGGUGCACAUUUUAAAACUUGCACUUUAGCCCUUCAGCAGUGAAUGGAAUUUGGCUGGGUACCAAAGUUUUCAAAUGGAUGUCCACGGUUUGGUGCACACACCAAGGCUACCACCAGUCUAUAGAGACUGGAUGCAAUCCUACUUCUGUGUUUCUAUUGGAGCACUGAAAAAAUGUUGUAAAGUAUAUGUAGAGCUUGACUUUGUUAUUUUCUGUGCAUCAUAGCUUUUGUCCCUGAGUGAAAACAGUAGGGAAGUUUCUCCUGGUGUACAGGCUAACUAAACCAAUGCAGUGAACUAGACAUUGUGAACAACAUAGUAUUAGCUGUAUACCGUGACACAUUAUUUUCAGGCCUAUACAUUUUUAUCUUUUAUAAACAUUUUUAUUAUGCGAGAGAUAAUACAUAGUAGGUCUGGCGCAUUAUGCGUGAUAGACUUGCCACAAUUCUAUAAUUUAUAGACCUUUCAGAGAUUGCCACCAGUGUCUGGUUUUCAGUUAUGUUGUUGAAUUUGGAUGGGUAAAGACACAUUCUGCUAGGUUGGUCAUGUGACAUACCGUAUAGUGGGUAUCAGUUGUAAAGAUGCAACACGAGAGACGCUGUGUAAUAGGAAAGCAACACCUUGUGGAAUGUGUUUAUUAGAACCCAGAAAAAAAGUAUAGUAUGGAAAGCCAUUGGUGCAAAGAAGUAAUAUGGAAUGCCGAAAUUUAGGAACGUGUGAGAGUUGGCAGGGGUAAUAUACUGUAGAAAGUUUUAAUAGAAAACUAAAUAGAAAAUUAUACAUAGAAUUGAAUUAUUCAAGCCUAAAGUUUACAAGUUUAAUGAUUUAGUUGGUUUUUAAAUAUAGUUAUAAAAAUGGAUUAUUUAAACUGAGUUUAUUUGUAAUGUUAUGAAUCUCAUUUAUUCCUCUCCUAAAUGAAGAUAAAUUUGUGAUGAAGAGACAGACUAUACGUAAGUGAAUAUAUCAAUUAAAUUAUAAUUCAUUAAAAAUGAAAUUCAAAUUCAAACAUGAUUACUGUAUCUUUCCUCCAUGAUUAUAUCCUGGAUUAUGUAUUUAAUAUUUUCUUUUCAUUUGGUGAGACUUUUUUAUGCCUUGUUUUGCGAACUUAUUUUAAAGAUCACGGAUGGAAAAAGAUAAAAAUAAAAUUUUGUUUUCUUAUUAGCAAAUGGUAUUGCCAAAAACAUGUAGAUGGAAGAAAAAAUAAAAAUUAUAAUUUAUUGUUGAAUGUAAACAGUGUAGUAAUGGAUGAUUAAAUUAUUUAAGUUUAAA